UUUUAUACCAUAUCGCCGAAGAUCAAAUCUCUUAGUUGCCUCCCUUCCCACCACCACCAGUGGCAGAAAAAGUUCUCCCCACCACCUCCCAUCCCCAUCUUUCGCUUUUGCUCCCCAACAACCACCACCACCCUUCUCCCUCUCUUGCCGGCGCCGGAGCUGAUCCCAGUCGCCGGAGAAUUCCAAAGUUAAUUCCCUGGCGUCCGUGAUGGGAUUUGGUCUCUCUCCUUUACAGACCUGGAUCAGGUUGCUCUGGAGCACCAGCUUUUUUCGCCACAAGAUCGUUGUUUUUUAGUCUAGAGGCUUUGAGGGGGAGGAGAGAAAGUUCGAGAAAAAGCAGCUAGUUUGUUUUGUUGGUAGAGACGGACAUAUUGGGCGGUUCUGUUCUCAUAACAGUCAUCUCGUCCAAAAGAUCGUAUCCUUUUGGCUGAAUUCCGACGGAUGGAUUCCGGCCAUUUCAUCUUCGGCGGCCACUCAAGAGACAUGUUCUUCACCGGAAAUUCCAGAUCGCCCGUUUUCCGAGUGACUCGCCCGGUGAUGGCCGUGGACUCCAUGCUGAGCCGGCCGUUCUACGGCGUGCACGACGACAUGGCGGACGACGAGUUCCUCGACGAGCAGAUGCCGGAGAAAAAGCGCCGGCUGACGCCGGAGCAGGUCCACCUGCUGGAGAGGAGCUUCGAGACGGAGAACAAGCUGGAGCCGGAGAGGAAGUCGCAGCUGGCCAAGAAACUGGGGCUGCAGCCGAGGCAGGUGGCGGUCUGGUUCCAGAACCGGCGAGCCCGCUGGAAGACCAAGCAGCUCGAGCGGGACUUUGACCUCCUCAAGUCGGCCUACGACUCGCUGUCCUCCGACUACCAGGGCCUGGUCAAGGAGACUGAGAGGCUCAAAUCGGAGGUUGCAGCCCUGCAAGAUAAACUGGUAUCGAAGGAGACGGGGAGCCCAAAAAAUGGCAGUCUCUCGCCUGAAACCUGCACGGAGAAGUUGCAGUGCAACUUUGAUCAAGAGGGCCUAAGCUCUGGAGGAAGUGUGAUCGUCGACGAAGACGGGCCGCAACUCAUCGACAGCGGGAACUCGGACAUUCCAAGCUAUGUGUAUGUGGAGGGAGCGCAGUCGGGGGAAGACGACGAGAAGAUGGGCUCCUCAGACGAACAGCUUUGCGUCGAAAGCAUCGACGGCAGCGGUGCCGGCUAUUUGGCAGGUGUCUAUGGCGUUGCAGGGCACGCAGAAGAUGAACAGUUUGGGUGGUUCAUGUGGUGCCAGUAGGGAGCAAGGUUCUUGCUCUUGCUCUUAAUGGCGGUGAAUAACAGUACUUGGGACAGUAUUAAGCUUUAACCAUGAAACUCUAGGAGAGACGCUGAUAGCUGUCAGCUAUAUAUGUCGCCUAUAUAUCUAAAUAAAUUCUUACGAACUCCUGUUUUCUUUUUC